UGACGUAAUUUUUGUUAUUGUGGAAACUACGAGAAGUAGACACGACAGUGCGUAACGUCAAUGUAUGUAAAUUGAUGAUUUUAUAGUGGCGAGAAAAUCAGUGUUUUCUCGUUAACGGUGAUAUUGCGAGUACAAUUAUUGGUGAUCGCAUCAUUAUGGACCAGGAAGACGUUUUGACGGUGCUGAAAAUUCUCAUGAUAGGCGAAUCUAACGUGGGAAAAUCGAGCAUUCUCCUAAGAUUCACCGAAGAUGAAUUCUACGAGAACAUGCAGAGUACAGUCGGAAUGGACUACAAGACCAAACAAAUUACCAUUGAUGGCAAUACAGUGAAACUCGCAAUAUGGGAUACAGCGGGUCAAGAACGAUUUCGCACUUUAACGCCGAGUUAUUACAGAGAUGGCCAGGGUGCUAUUUUAAUGUAUGAUGUUACGGACCGAAACACCUUUAUAAAAUUAGAGACAUGGCUCAAUGAAUUGAAUACAUAUUGCAAUAAAACAGAUAUUGUCAAAAUGGUAGUAGGUAACAAAAUAGAUUUGCCACAUAGAGAAGUGAGCACCGAGGAAGGUUUGCAGUUUGCCAGGAGACAUCAGACCUUGUAUAUUGAGAGCAGCGCGAAAACAGCAGAUGGUGUGAAGUGUUGCUUUGAGGAACUUGUACAGAAGAUAAUACAAACACCUGGACUUUGGGAUACAUACUCUACGCGAUUAUAUGACAAUGGUACUAUGAGCAGUGCAAGGCAUCGAAUGGGAAAAAGAGGAAUGCAGUUGACCAAUGAUAAUCCGCAACAGGAGACAUAUUCAAACUGUUACUGCAGUUUGCUGUAAUCGACUGUGAUGAGGAUAUAACAAAUAUAUUUACACUACAUCAAGUCUGAGACUUUGCAUGGAAAGUAAUUCUACGAGAUGCUGCAUGUGACAUAAGACAGCUCGAAUACAUCAUUGGCUUCGCACAUACUAUGCAUUCUUACUUGUCAGAAGACAUGCAUGUUGCUUCACACACGGACUACUAUUAGUCUUAAAUUUGGCAUAAAAGUCUAUGGCAUUAAUAAAUGGAAUUUUGUGUUCCUGUAAAUACAAAUGAGAAGAAUGUAGCCAUUUAAUAGAAUGUUGGUAUGGACCAACGUUGAUAUUCGCCCAUCAAUCACAUUUUUGUACAAGUAGUCGUAGCUCCAACAUUUUUAUAGUCUUUAAUUGUGUUUGUCAUUUUAUAAUCUGCACAACAUGUGCGCUUGACGCAUAUCAUUGUUAGAGCUGAAGAACGUGUAUUAUACUGUAAAAAUGUAUCUAAAGACCUUGCUUCACUACUUUGUGCAUAUUAUGUGCUAAUUUUUAGAUUUUACAGUAAUAUAUCUCUUAUUAGAAAUAUAUACUGUGCCAAAAAGUAGCGCUAGUAUAUAUUUUAUAAAGAGAUUUCAGUAUAAUUAUGGUGGUGAUAUAUACACGAUGUGAAAUAUACAUUAUUGUAAUUUAUUCGUUUGUAAAUAAAGCAUUUUCUGGAUAUAUUA